AUGUUACAUAAACUGUUGAUAGAAUUAUUUGAAGUUCCCCAGAAAUGCAACACCGUGGGAGAUUUAGUUCUUCAAAAUGAUAUCUAUCAAAUCAUAUUCGAAUCCAAAACCGAUAAACAAUGGUUUUUAUCAUUGGCAAACGACUAUGUUUUGCUUAGUACAAUAGAUCCAACGAGAGACAUUUUCAUCGAUACCUAUCAAAACCUAAUAAAAUUCCUUGAACAAUUGUUGACCGAUACCAAGUCCUUCCCCUUCACUUUGAAUAGUCUCAUCAUUGAUGAUUUAUCAAGAUUUUACUUCUCCAAGGUUGAUCUCCAGGGUUUGAAAAAUCUAUUGCUCAACAUAAAAGAUAGAUUUAAAUGCAAUAUCUUGAUAUUUUCCUGGGAUUAUAAGUUCGACAGAGGAUUCAGAAAUAUGACACACAAAGACAUAUCAGAAUUGGAUAAUAAUAUCAGUUACUUGAAUUUGAAUUUGGAUUUUUUGUAUGUUUACAAAUCAACAAUUUACAAAUACUUCGAUCAUAGGUAUCAAGCAAUUGAAGAACUUAAAGCCUGA